AAGACUAUGCCUGUGCAUCAUUAACAAAAAUCAAGGAAUGACCGAAGAUCAACAGGUCCCUACAUCCGGUACACAACUAACAAAACUUGGUAGUAUUUUUGGUGCAACGUUUAGUCAUUCUUAUUAUCAUCAAUCUCAUCAAACAUCUGAGCAUGUUUAUAAGUUGAAUUCUGUAAAUGGUCCAUUCCCAGCAGACUGGAGAGGAGAACCCUGGCAGGCAGUCAACGGAAACACCUGUGAAAAAGAUGAAAACGAACAAUUUGUACCAGAUUCUGAUUACCCUCACCAUUAUGUCCAUAAUGGAAUCAAAUCAGAAAAUAUUAUGAACAAUAGCCCUCACAAUUUGUCAAAAUCGCAAAAUUACCACCCCAAUUCCGUUUACUCAUUUGGAGAUAUUUAUGAACCGUUUACCACUCCUGUUUAUGCAUCUGCAAGCUGUUUUUACCCUACAACAAUUGCAAGCAGUUCGAAUACCCUUACCAACAGUAUUCAGCAUCAAAUAUCCUACCCUCACCCUUACAUCAAAGAAGAACCAACCGAGAAGGACUCUCAGUNUUGGGUUACUUAA